UUAAAGGUUUAUUCCUCCCGCUGCAACAGAGCAUCCUCUCUUCUUCCUCGAACUGGCUUUACGAAAUCGAUCGAAUUAAGCACAAAAUGGUCCCUUUCGGCAUCGCCCACAGAAACCAGAAGACUUUUCGCCCCAAAAAGAAUGGCGCCUCAAGCAACAAGGUCAGAAACUCUUCGCAAUCCUCUUCUGCUUCUUCUUCCCAUCCAAAGUUCUUGGGUUGUUUCUGCAUAUCAGAGUUCUGUGAAGACGAACAGAUCCUUUUGUUUCAACAGGGUGCCCGACUUAAAAGGCACAUCGAUGCUACUCUGGGCAGUGGCAACUUGAGAGAAGCUGUGAGAUUGCCACCCGGAGUGGAUUUGAAUGAAUGGCUCGCUGUCAACACUGAUGAUUUCUUCAGCCAAGUGAAUGUAUUAUAUGGCACUCUAGAUGAGUUCUGCACUCCAACUAGCUGCCCAGUAAUGUCUGCCGGACCAAACUAUGAGUAUAGAUGGGCUGAUGGAGUUCGAAUCAAAAGGCCAAUUGAGGUUUCGGCACCAAAAUAUGUGGAUUAUUUGAUGGAUUGGGUCGAAGCUCAUUUGAAUGAUGAAGACAUAUUCCCCCAGAAACUUGGAGCGCCGUUCCCUCCGACCUUUCGACGAGUCGUCGAGACGAUCUUCAAGCGCCUCUUUCGCAUAUAUGCACACAUAUAUCACUCUCAUUUUCAGAAGAUUGUUAGUCUCAAGGAGGAGGCUCAUCUGAACACAUGCUUCAAGCACUUCACACUGUUCAACAGUGAAUUCCAUCUUAUCGAGGAGCAAGAGCUUGCGCCGCUGCGCGAUCUAAUCGAUUCGAUCCUCCAGCCAUACUGAGAGGAUCCAAGGCACCUGCCUAAAACUUUUCAAUAUUUCUUGAUAGUCUUGAUGUAGGCGAUUUUGUAUAGCAACAUUGCCAGAGAGUCGUAAGACAAGUUUGGCAAAGAGUAAAAUUUGAUCUGUGUUUGGAAAACUCUCUGAAUGCUAUGAAACCUUUGUUCUU